AUGGACGCGCUCAUGCGCCACCUGAAGGAGCGCUACAACCUGCGUACCAUCGUCGUCAAGGCGCAAUCGCACAACCUUGUGCUGAGCGAUUUGGAAAGGUCCGGGUUUUCGCUAGACCUCAUUAUUAGUGCCGGCGGGGACGGUACAUUCCUCGAGGCCGCGGCGCUGUUGCCGCCGUCGCAGACAUCCAUCCAGCGACCCUGGAUUGUUGGACUCAAUACCGACCCUGAGAGAUCGGUUGGAGCCAUGUGCAUGUCCUACUUCAAGCGAGGGGGCAUGGUAUUUCGACGAUAUUCCGGUGAACAGCGCACGGAGCCGGACGACACGCCCAAGCAGAACAUGAUCCGGUUCACCGAGUCGGAUGCGCUCGUCAGGAAGGAGUGCGCAUCUGACACCACCGGAGAAAAGGAGUGGAAUAACCUCACACAAGCGUCGUUCUGCGAAGCACAGAACGACGGCAGCGAAACGCAAGACCACUGCACCGUUAUAUCCAAGCAUGUUGCCAACAUCUACAACAUCACGUACGACGAUUAUGUAGGGAGCCUGCUCGAACGGCUUAUAGUGAAGCGCGAUUAUGUGCCUGUUGCGCGUCAAAAAAUACGAAUCAAAAUGUUCAAGAGGCAGAGUUCCGCGGAACAGGAGACCGCGACGAACACAGGCGACUCCACCACCAUAGAGGACAACCUCUUCUGCGGAACGGAGUCAAACUUCACUGAGGACGACCUCGAUGCCGAAGCCUGCGCAAGUGGCGACGGAGUUAUCCCCUACGGCGCUGUGAACGACAUCAUCAUAGCAGACAAAAAUUUCGGGAAGACCUUCUACGGACUGGUGCAAGUGGACGCCCUGCCGAUCAUACGGGUCAAAAGCAGUGGCGUUCUUGUGUCAACUGGCACGGGAUCUACGGCGUGGGCCUACAACAUGUGCAAAAUGAGCAUGGGCAACGGGUUCAGGAUGCUGAACCACCUCAUCAACCACAAGUCCUUCCCCAAGGAGGCUGCGAAGAUCAUUGAUGCCAAAAUGAUGCGCGAGGCGAUUGAGGAGCACAAUGCAAGCCUCGUGUUCGAUGCGUCGCAAAACACUCUGAAGUGCAUCAUACGAGAGUCUAUCAGCGAAACGUCCACCGUCGACGCGACGUCGUUCAUGGGACGCCAGGUCAAGCUCCUGUCGCUGUCCAAAAACGCCAGGCUUGUCAUCGACGGCUCCAGGAUCGUGAAGGUCGACUACGGCGACGUUGUGGUGCUCAAGACUUUCGAGUCGGACACCAUAUGGAGCUGCGUCUGA